AUGAAGGUGGCAGUGACUUUCGUGCUCCUCUCCCUGGGACUUUUCUGCUCUGUUGGGGACGCUUGUCCUGAUUUCCAGAAAAUAAUAAAUGAUUACUUGGAAUCCUCCACCGACGUUUUACUGGCAAGCAUUGCCCCUUACGAGCCCUCAGACAACGCUCUGGAAGCUGUGGGGGCCUUGAAACAGAUCAGUGAUGCUUUCACAGGUGCCGAAAGGAAAUCCGUUGGGGAAACUCUGGCUGAGUUCCAGAGCCAUCCCAACGUGGACACGCCAACCAGUAACCUCGCCACCUCCGCCAUGAAGCUGUUUGUCGCUUUGGUCCUGUUCUCCCUGGCUGCCUCCAGCUACUCUGCAGUCUCAAUUCCAAAAUCUGAUUCCAUCGAAAAGGCCAGAAAGUGUUUGGAACUUGUGGGAGAAGUCUAUCUGUUUUUCAACGGCACCCCUGAAUCACUGUUGGCGGCAAUGGAGAAAUACCAACCAGAUGGAUACUCUAAAUCUGCUCUGCUUAAGAUCAAGGACACGAUGGAUAAUUUCACCGAUGCUCAGAGACAGAAUUUUAAGGCUCUGAUGGUAAAAGUGAUGGAAAAUUGCCAAAAAGAUGUCGAAACCUAUAACUGAGCCCUUGUCCGAAGGCCCUGACGGAAACUCCGCCUGAAGACUGUGGCUGACCUUUGCCUGACUGAUCGCUGAUGGUCCCGGCCCCAGCCCUGGUCACUGGAGCUCCAGAGCUUUCUCUUGUCUGAUCCAUUCAGAGACGAACGCUCGUGCUCUGUAGAAUCCGCCC